AAAAAAUAAUUAUUAUAAUAAAUUAAUAAUUUCCCGACUCAGAUUCAUUUAUCUCAUCACUCUCCCAUUUCUUUUCCCAUAUCCAUUCCCCAAUGAUCCGAACCUCAUUCCUCAAAUCUCCAAUGCCUUCUCUCCCUUCCCCAAUCCCCGAUUUUCCGCCCAAUCUCUGACCAUUUCCUCCUUCUUCAUCCUCUUCUCCACCCAAUUUCCUCUCAAUCCAUGUCUCUCAAGACCAUCUUCCAAGAUAUGAGGUCCCGCUCCCGCUGCGUCGUCCAGGACGCCUCCGCUCCGCCCCCCACCGAUGCCCUCGACCAGAGCUGUUGGGCCAAUAUGCCUCAGGAACUUCUUAGGGAGGUUUUGAUGAGAAUCGAGGCCUCCGAGACCUCUUGGCCCUUCAGGAAGAGUGUCGUCGCUUGCGCCGGAGUGUGUCGGAGCUGGCGAGCCAUUACUAAGGAGAUCGUUAAAACGCCGGAGCUUUCUGGUAGGUUGACGUUCCCGAUCUCUAUUAAGCAGCCUGGUUCAAGGGAUCCUCUUCUACAGUGUUUCAUAAAGCGAAACAGAUCAAAUCAAACUUAUUAUCUCUUCCUCAGUUUGACAAGUGCACUAACUGAUGAUGGUAAAUUUCUACUUGCUGCACGCAAAUGCAAGCGCCCGACCUACACCGAUUACAUUAUCUCUUUACAUGCUGAGGAUUUGUCAAAGGGGAGCAGCACCUAUGUUGGGAAAUUGAGAUCUAACUUUCUAGGAACCAAGUUCACAAUCUUCGAUGGGCAACCACCACAUUCUGGAGCCAAGAUCAUGAAAAGUCGCUCCACAAGGCUAGUGAAUCUGAAACAAGUUUCCCCCAAGGUCCCUGCAGGAAACUAUCCAGUUGCACACAUUUCAUAUGAACUAAAUGUGUUGGGAUCAAGGGGUCCGAGGAGAAUGCAGUGUAUCAUGGACGCUAUUCCCGCUUCAUCAGUUGAACUUGGAGGAGUGGCUCCCACGCCAACUGAGCUUUCUUUGAGCAACGUGGAAUUGUUCCCGUCCUUCCCCUUUCUAAGGUCAAAAUCAAAUGCUGAUAGCUUACUUUCUGAACCUUUGGGGAGUCAGAAAGAUGGAAUGUUGGUGCUGAGAAACAAAACACCCAGAUGGCACGAGCAGCUUCAGUGCUGGUGUUUGAACUUUCAUGGAAGAGUGACAAUUGCUUCUGUAAAAAACUUUCAACUAGUUGCUUCUCCCGAAAAUGAUCCUCCUACAGCAGAAAACGAGAAGAUCAUCCUUCAGUUUGGAAAAGUGGGGAAGGAUUUAUUCACAAUGGAUUAUCGUUACCCAAUCUCCGCUUUCCAGGCUUUCACAAUCUGCCUCAGCAGUUUCGACACCAAGAUUGCUUGUGAAUGACAGACACAUCAUUUAACAGGGAACGGCUCCGCUCAGUUCGAAAGUUCUACCAAUGGCUUCUAGCAAUAAAGUCGUUUAUAGACGGUAAGUUAAUGGCAACACAAUAGCGGAACGAGGGCUAUGUUCCGGAACUCGUAGGAAGUUGCUUCUUUCGUGGUGGUUUCUUUGCAGCGGUUAAUUUUUUGGGGUUUGUUUUUGAGGGAAACGAAUCGCAGAGAAACUUGCGAAAUUUAAAGACUUUUUAUUUGUUUGUAAUAUGUAUAUUUCUUCAAGUUUGUGUAAAUAAUGCUUUUUUCUUUCUUUUCAAUUUUAGAAGUUGAAUGGCAAUGGUUGACUGUGUUAAAUCAGCAAUUCAUUUUCAUCACACGUUUUCAUUC